AUUUAAACAACUUCCUGGUCCGGGAACAUCUGACAUUAUCGCGACAGUCUGUUCGUAUGCAGCUCAGCGACAAGGGGCCUGGCGCUGGAAUGCGAAACCAUAACUUAUUCAGUCAAAACAAAUCGUUGUCGACCCUCAGCGUACCGUUUCAGAAACACCAGAGGACUCCGCUUUCGUCCGAGUCAUGAGGGAGACUCCCGACGUACGGGUAUGAGACGAGACCAGUUGUUUCAGCAUCUGCAGCUUUGGGCUCAUUGACUCUGUGAUGGCGCAGGGAGGCUGUCAGCUGGACUACCACAUCCUGCAGGACCUCAAGCAGCGUUUCCCAGAGAUCCCAGAGGGUGUAGUUUCACAGUGCCUUCUACAGAACAACAACAACCUGGAUCUUUGCUGUCACCUGCUGGCUCAGGAGAGUAACAGAUACCUGUAUGGAGAGUUCCAUCACAGUCCAGAGGAAGUGCGACUUGGUCGAAACCACAUGCUACACAUUAGCCUAGGAUACCCGGGCUCGGAGGCAGGCAAGGCAAAUGAAGGAGCAGCAGCAGGAGGAGGAGGAGGAGGGCGCUCCCUUGUGCACAGCAACAGUGACAGUCACAUCGAACCCCAGCGGACCAGCUAUCCUGAGUCUCUGUCGGCCCCCGCCACCAUGGCCCCCUCUGUGGGUUACAAUCCUUUCUUCAUGAACGAUCAGAGCCGCUCGGCUAGCACUCCCACUCCUCCACCCACAAUGCAGGGCAUAUCUCCCACAUACUCCCCUGUCCCACGUUACACGAUGAACCCUAUAACAGUCACACUUUCGCAAAGUAGUAUACCCAAUGUCCCGCAAGCUCUGCAGAUUCCCCCUGGGCACUACGCGAACAGCACCAACGCCACCUUGUUUAUCCGACCCUCACCUUCCCAGAGCCCACAGCCAGCACCCUGGUCCUCCUCAGGGGUGCCUGUGUAUCAGCAUCAGCAGUCCCCCUACAAUACUCCCACAUACGGCUCGCCUUACAGCUCCCCACAGCAUCAGGUCCAGCCCCAACCCCAACCCCAACCACAGCCCCAACCCCAGCACCAGCAAUAUGUCUUCCUCCCUAUUAGCUCCCCAGCCCUUCCCAACAUGCCCUACCAUCACCAGCAACAGCCUGCUGUGUACAGGCCCUACCAUACAAAAAACUCCCUGAAGAACCAGAUAGAGAUUACCCUGGAGGGUCCACGACCUCGCAGCAACUCCCCUGUGCACACCCCCCACCCCCAGGGAGCGCUUUACAUGGCCACCAGCCCUUCGCCCAGCUCCCCUUCGAGGGGCAUCGCUAUGACUGGACCUUCGGGGCCGGCAUCCUUCCACCCUGGGAUGUACCUGCAGCAUCAGGGCCCGACAAGGCCUCGGCCCGCCUCCUCUCCUCAACCGGGCCAGUCAGCGUACACCUUCAAAAUCAAAGUGUCCCCAGGUGGCCAGGCCCAGAGGCCACUCAGCUCACCUCCUGUGGCCGAAGCGGAGUCUCUUCUCAACAUAGUAGACCAAGGGGAACACAACGCUGCCCCUGCACCCAUCCUGCCCAUCUCUGCUCUGCCUGGGAACAUUGUCAGUCAGUUUCAACACAUGCCCCGACGGUCGAGCUCAGGCUCUGAUGAUUAUGCCUACACACAAGCUCUCCUGCUCCACCAGCGGGCCAGGAUGGAGCGUCUCAUGAAGGAGCUGCUGAUGGAGAGGCAGAAACUAGACCACCUGAAGGCCGACGUCAACAACAUGGAAUAUGACGCCCUUCAAAGACGCUUUCGAAGAGUCAACUCCACCAGUCUAAUUCCCAGACCUGACGAGAUGACCCGAUUGCGGACUCUGAACAGACAGCUUCAGAUUGAUAUCGACUGUACCCUGAAGGAGACGGAUCUACUGCAGUCUAGAGGGAAGUUUGAUCCAAAAGCAAUGAACAACUUUUAUGACAACAUUCAGCCCGGUCCGGUUGUGCCGCCCAAGCCUGGGAGGAAAGGGAAUCAGGGCCCCAAGCCAGUCCCGGAGCCCCAGAGGGACGAGGACUUCGAGGGCGCCCAGUGGAACUGUGAAAGCUGCACCUUCCUCAACCACCCUGCCCUCAACCGCUGUGAACAGUGCGAGAUGCCGCGGUACACCUGAGCUUAGCACUGCGCUGUAGCGCCCGCCCUUGCCCUAUCCCGACCAAUCCCUGGAUAGUAUGAGCCCCACCCCUCAAAAAGCUGCAGAAUCUUUCUCGAUGUCUGCCCCUGUCUAUCAAUAUGUAUGCUGAGGGAGAGCCACUAUCCCCCUCUGCCCACUUGUCCUGCGCCUAUCUACUACUCCUGUGCACUUUGACCCCUUUUUUUCAAUUGGAGGAGGAUGAUUCUUAUUCAGGACCGUUGGAGACUCUUUUCAUGGCAAGUGUGUGUGUGUGUAAAAGAGGAAGGGACGCACUGCGACUCUGGGCAGUUGGUGGUUCGGGGCUUCAGACAGGUUGAAGCGAUUGAGGAGGAGGCGCUACGGUUUACCUGGAGAACAUUCCACGCCGAAAGAGUGACUGCUCUGUUUACACUGCGCCCAUUCCGGAACUCAAAAUGGAGGCACUUCCACUUUAAUCUAGGACCUGUAACUCCCACUCUGACGGUGGAACAACGACAGCAAUGGUAAAUACAUUCUGACUAAUGCGAAAUGUAGACUGUACACUGUAUCUGGCUCUGUAUUAGAGCGCAUGUCACUGAAAGAAGAACACUAAAGACAUUUGCAUAGGAGUACUUUUAUGCAUAUUAUGACUCCCUGUAUUAAGUGUUCAGAGGACGUUGAUUUCCUGUGCAAAUGCCUCAACUUGCUGUACUUAAUAAAGGAGCAGAUUCUAUGUGACUUGACCACGCACA